AACGAUGUUGAUCGGCACGUGCGACGGAUUCUUUAAUUGCCCUGAGGUUCUUGCCUGUGUGCUUUUAAAAUUGCUACCAGACUAUAAGAAUGCAUCUAUACUAAGAUCUCGAGAUCAUUCUGUCUUAGGUGCCUGUAAUAUUGUGGUGGGUGUUGGCAGAGAGUAUAAUCCUUCCAAACAUCGAUACGAUCCUAACGCGAAUGAAUUCCAGGAAUCGAUGAGUACCGUUAUAAAUAAACCAGGGUACGAUUGGACAGAAAAGCUAAGCAGUGCGGGACUGAUCUACUGCCAUUUUGGUCAUGAUAUAUUGAAGAGUAUUAUUCCGGACGUAACAGAGGACAAAGUCAUUGACGAAAUCUUUAAAAUCAUUUAUGAAAUGUUAAUUAAGGAAAUCGAUGCUGUAGAUCGCGAUUUGCAAACAUGGCAAUCAAAUACCAGUUUAAGCGGGCGCGUAAGCAGAUUGAAUUUUCCGUUGGACAUCCAGGAAAAAGUGAAUCCAGGAAAGUUUAUUAAAGUCAUAGCUUUGGUUCGGGAGGAAUUUUUGAAAACUGUACAAGACGUGAAAAACGUUUGGUUAAGCGAAAGAAGGACCAUGCGAUACGCUAUGGAGAAUCGAUUAUUCGAAGUGGAUACGAGCGGAGAGAUAAUAGAGUUUACGCCACGUUUAUGGUACAAGGAGUUUCUGUUUUGUUUGGAAAAGGAGAUGAACGUGUCGCCAUCAAUAAAGUAUAUCAUUUGGCAGGAGGCUACAGACAUAUAUUAUAUUAAGUGUGUGCCGGAAGCGUCGAAAAGUUCCGAAUACAGAAUGUUAUUGCCGGAAGCGUGGGGCGGUUUGUUCAAUAAUGCCCUUGUGGAAGCCUGUGGAAUUGAAGGCGCUCGAUCUGUGUCUCCCAAUCGGUCCGAGGGCGUUCACAAAACUAAGAAGGGCGCAAUGUUCAUGGCGCGGAAAGCACUUUACAUUGGGAAGACCAAACGCAAACCGAACACGAAAGACAGAUAACGAGCCGCAGACCUAUAAGAAACAACCUUUAAUUUAAAUAAAGAGAGUUUGAACGGACAAGUCUUAAAUUUAUUCAUACGCAUCUAUUUACAGAAACUCGGAAUGGCGAAUCAAAGCGAAAGGCGAAUUAUUCGACUCGCGAGGAAUUCGCGAAAUAAAGAGCAAGCAACUCAAGAUAAAGAUCGACAGUGACGCCUCGACAAUUACCAGAGACCGACUGGCUUUGUUACCGGUGGGAGGGGGGGUCACGUCUUUUAUUCUCUCAGGGACUUCUUGAAUGAUCCGUUCACUCGUUAUUGAGAUCUCAACACAUUUCGAGUACUAACUCGCAACUCGUCGCAUCGCGUAAAAGAGUCACGGUGCGGUCUCGCUUCGCGUAUACUUGGCGCGAGACACUAUUUAUUCUCUCGGGGACUUCUUGAAUAUUCGGGUUCUUUUGCGCCAGUAAAACAUACGAGUCUCUGAGAGAAGUCCCCGCUCGAUCAGCUGACAAACAGCUGGUAAACAGCUGAGAUAAAGCAAGACGUGUCAAGACAAUGCGAAAAGAAAUUCGUUCGUCAUAGGCUUUGUCUCGGUUGUUUACUUAUUGGUAUCCUAAAGUCUUGUGUCCACGAUACUAGAAAUCGCUCUGAGAUCUCGGACAGAGAAAAAAUUGACCAAUUACAUUUAAACAAUUCGGCAAUUGACCAAUGCGAUUGAUUAAUUCUAUUCAUUUGCGGCUAUUAUUUGCGACUUUUUAUUUUCGUUACGGGAUUGAUUGCGAAUAAAAAGUCUUGUAAGGUCGAUUCGAGCGGAGAGAUAAUAAUGUUGUCGAAAUUUGUACCGUGUAUGGAGUAUCUAUUUUAUUUGGAAAAGAAUAUGAACGUGUCGCCAUCAAUAAAUUAUGCCAUUUAUGAGAGUAAAAGACUCAACUUGUCGUAUAUACAUAUAUUGUAUGCCGGGAACGCUGAGAAGUUCCGUACGUAGAAUAUUACUGACGGAAGCGUGGAGCGGUUUAAAGAAUAAUGCCCUUGUAGAAGCCUGUGAAAUUGAAGGCGCCGUAUAAAAGUAUAUUCCGAGCGGUUCGUUGGCUUUCACAAAACUAAGGAUGGCGCAUGGCCAUGGCGCGGAAAGCACUCGAGAUUGGGAAGACAAUAUAUGUAAAAUGUAGAAAAAUGACAAUGUCUAGACCAUUAAUUUUUUUAGAAUUUUUAUUAUGGUUAUUGAA